GGACGAGACGCAGACACUCGAGGAAGGUACAAAGUACAACAGUGCUUUCACAGAGAAAGGGAAAGUUUUCACCCACACAAACACACACUCUUAGUCAUACACAGAGAGACUCUCUCCUGAACACACACUGAGUGACUGUGCCACCCAGCUUGAGCAGCAGAGAUCAAGGCUGAAACAGAGUGCCUUGACCGGUAGAGGAAAAGUCUCACACAGAGACAACCACACACACACACACACAUACAGUAUAACCCCCACUCGCACGCUGCGUGUCUGUGCUCCCUGGGGCAAGGAGCAGGGAUAUUCUACCCAAGCAAGAGGAGCAUCAGUGAGGAAGAGGAAGGAGGGUGGAUGGAUGCCUUUUGCAAACUAAGUGGCUUGGACCCCCUUUGGGAUUGGAACCGAACGUGGUACACGGCCAACCCGGACCUGACCCAGUGUUUCCAGAACACGGUUCUGGUGUGGGUCCCAUGCGUCUACCUCUGGCUGUGUGCUCCCUUCUAUGGCCUCCACCUCUACUGCCAUGACCGUGGACGCAUCCGCAUCUCCUGCCUCUGCACCACCAAGAUGGUGCUGGGCUUCCUGCUGGCUUCCUUUGGCUUCGUGGAGUUCUUCUACAUCCUGCUGGAAAGGAGAGAUGAGAUCCACCACCACAUGGUGUUCCUGCUCAGCCCCAUCAUACGCAGCCUGACCGUGGUCCUGGCUGUAUGCAUCAUCCAGCUGGAGAGGAUACGAGGCUGCCGCUCCUCUGUGUUCCUCUUCCUAUUCUGGCUCCUCUCUGUGAUGUGUUCACUGGUGCCCCUCAGAGCCAAGAUCCAACUGGCCAUGGAAGAGGGUAUAUCGAGUGAUAUAGUACGCUACCUGGCCUUUUUCUCCUACUUCACACUACAAAUGGCCCAGCUCUUUCUUUGCUGUUUUGCUGACCAACCCCCUGAGGGAAAAACUGUCUUUGAAAAGAACCCAUGUCCAGUGAAAGAUGCCUCCUUCCUCUCCAAGAUUCUCUUCUGGUGGUUCACUGGGCUUGUUGUCAAGGGUUAUCGUACCCCUCUAGAAGCUGAUGACCUGUGGACUUUGAGGGAGAAGGACACAUCUGACAGGAUCAUCUCUGACUUGGAAAAAGAAUGGACUACAGAAUGCGCCAAACUACAACAGCAGGAGAGGGCUCUGGCGUCAGGCGUGGCGCUGGGCACCAGAUUGCCUGACCAGGCCCAGCUCCUCAGGAAGCUGCAGAAAGAGCAGAGCUCUGGAUUCUUUCUGCUAAGAACGCUGGCACGAAAUUUCGGGCCGUACUUUUUGACUGGGACGCUGUGCAUCAUGGUCCAUGAUGCCUUCAUGUUCUCCAUCCCCCAGGUGCUCAGUCUGCUGCUUGGUUUCAUGAAGGACGAAAACGCCCCCUUGUGGAAGGGAUAUUUCUACGCCAUCCUCAUGUUCUUGCUGUCCUGCCUCCAGUCCCUGUUCAACCACCAGUACAUGUACACCUGCUUCACCGUAGGCAUGAGGGUGAAGACAGCUGUGAUGGGCCUCGUCUACAGAAAGUCAUUGGUCAUCAACAGUGCUUCCAGGAGGACCUGCACAGUGGGGGAGAUAGUGAACCUGGUAUCAGCUGACACUCAGAAACUAAUGGACUUUGUGGUGUACUUCAAUGCCGUGUGGCUGGCCCCCAUUGAAGUAGCAUUGUGUCUCUUCUUUUUGUGGCAGCUUCUUGGUCCAUCUGCACUGGCUGGCAUUGCCACUGUCAUCCUCAUCUUCCCACUCAACGGAUUCAUAGCCAAAAAAAGGAGCAAACUGCAGGAGGUCCAGAUGAAGUUCAUGGAUAGUCGGAUUAAGUUGAUGAACGAGAUCCUGAACGGUAUCAAAAUCCUCAAGUUCUAUGCCUGGGAGAAGGCCUUCCUGGAGCAGGUGCUGGGCUACAGGGAGAAGGAGCUAAAAGCGCUGAAGAAGUCCCAGAUCCUCUACUCCAUCUCCAUCGCCUCCUUCAACUCCUCGUCGUUCGUGAUUGCCUUUGCCAUGUUUGGGGUCUAUGUGAUGAUUGAUGAGAAGAACGUGCUGGAUGCCCAGAAGGUCUUUGUGUCUAUGGCACUGAUAAACAUUUUAAAGACCCCACUGAGUCAACUACCUUUCGCCAUGAGCACCACAAUGCAGGCUGUUGUUUCCCUGAAGCGCCUGGGAAAAUAUCUAUGUUCAGAAGAGCUUAAAGUAGAAAAUGUGACCAAGGCUCCUUUGAGUACUGAUGGAGAAUGUGUUGUGAUUGACAACGGAACGUUCAGUUGGUCGAAGGAGGGUCCUCUCUGUCUCAAAAGGAUCAAUGUGUGUGCACCACGUGGGUCUCUUGUAGCUGUUGUGGGGCACGUGGGUAGUGGGAAGUCCUCCCUUCUGUCGGCUAUGCUUGGGGAGACAGAGAAGAGGAGUGGCAGAGUCUCAGUCAAGGGCUCUGUGGCCUAUGUUCCCCAGCAAGCCUGGAUCCAGAAUGCCACGGUCCAGGACAACAUAGUAUUUGGGCGUGAGAAGCAGAAGACGUGGUACCAGCGUGUGUUAGAGGCCUGUGCCCUGUUGCCUGAUCUUGAGAUCCUACCUGCCGGAGAUGCCACAGAGAUUGGGGAGAAGGGUUUGAACCUCUCGGGUGGGCAAAAGCAGAGGGUGAGCCUUGCGAGGGCCGUGUACAGGAAGGCUGACGUGUACCUGCUGGACGACCCGCUGUCCGCCGUGGAUGCCCACGUAGGCCAGCACAUCUUCGACAAAGUCAUUGGACCAAAGGGAGUUCUCAGAGAUAAGACUCGUGUCCUGGUCACCCAUGGGACCAGCUUUCUGCCGCAGGCCGACCUCAUCCUCGUGAUGGUGGACGGAGAGAUCACAGAGAGCGGCUCCUACCAAGAACUGCUGAGUCGCCAUGGUGCCUUCGCAGAUUUUAUUCACACCUUUGCCAGCACUGACCGUAAAGAGAGUGCCAUACAGAGAGGAGGUUCCAGGAAGUCCACAGCUCGGCUGAGCGUGACAGAUUUUAUGCCAUUCUCCAGAGACCUGUCCCAGGAGCAGCUCAUUGGGGGUGAUACCAACAGCACCAACCUUCAAGGUAUGGAGCCCAUGUCUGAAACAGACCUAGAGCCAAUCCCAGAAGACCUAGGGAAGCUGACUCAGGUGGACAAGGCUCGCACUGGACGAGUGCGACUGGAGAUGUACGUGGAGUACUUCAAGACCAUCGGCCUGGCCUUCAUCAUCCCCAUUGUGUUCCUGUAUGCCUUCCAGCAGGGUGCCUCUCUGGCCUACAACUACUGGCUCAGCCUCUGGGCUGACGGACCCAUCGUCAACGGCACCCAGAUUGACACCGACAUGAAGCUGGGCGUCUAUGGAGCUUUGGGCUUUGCGCAAGGUAUAGCUAUUUUUGGAACGACGGUGGCCAUCUCCGUGGGUGGCAUCAUCGCCUCCCGCCACCUCCACAUGGACCUGCUGAAGAACGUGCUCCACUCCCCAAUGUCCUUCUUUGAGUGCACACCUAGCGGCAACCUGCUCAACCGCUUUGCCAAGGAGAUCGACGCGAUUGACUGCAUGAUCCCUGAAGGGCUGAAGAUGAUGUUGGGCUACCUUUUCAAGCUGAUGGAAGUCUGCAUCAUCGUGCUGUUGGCCACUCCCUUUGCUGCCGUGGUCAUUCUGCCCCUCGCCCUCCUCUACGCCUUUGUUCAGAGUUUCUACGUGGCCACAUCCUGCCAGCUGCGGCGGCUGGAGUCGGUGAGCCGCUCGCCCAUCUACACACAUUUCAACGAGACGGUGCAGGGCGCCAGUGUCAUCCGGGCCUUCGGGGAACAGUCCAGAUUCAUCCAGCAGGCUAACAAGAGGGUCGACUUCAACCAGAUGUCCUACUUCCCUCGCUUUGUGGCAACCAGGUGGUUGGCAGUCAAUCUGGAGUUUGUUGGCAAUGGUGUUGUUUUAGCUGCUGCCAUCCUCUCUGUAAUGGGAAAAGACACUCUGAGUCCUGGCAUUGUUGGUUUGGCUGUGUCACACUCCCUCCAGGUGACUGGAAUUCUGAGCUGGAUCGUGAGGGCGUGGACAGAUGUGGAGAACAACAUAGUGUCAGUGGAGAGAGUUAAGGAGUACUCUGACACUGUUAAAGAGGCUGCUUGGAGUGUGGAGGGCAGUACCCUGCCCCUGGCCUGGCCCCAGACUGGCACCAUCGAGUUCCAUGAUUAUGGGUUGCAGUACCGCAAAGGCCUGGAUUGGGCACUCAAAGGCAUCACCCUGCGUAUCCAGGAGAGAGAAAAGGUUGGCAUAGUGGGAAGGACAGGAGCAGGGAAGUCUUCACUGGCUCUGGGGAUUUUUAGGAUCUUGGAGGCUGCCAAGGGAAAGAUCUACAUCGAUGGUGUGAACAUUGCAGAGAUUGGACUACACAACCUCCGAUCCCGCAUCACUAUCAUCCCUCAGGACCCUGUGCUGUUCUCUGGCUCCAUGAGAAUGAACCUUGACCCCUUUGACGCCUACACAGAUGAAGAAGUGUGGAGUGCUCUGGAGCUCGCUCACCUCAAGAACUUUGUGUCUGGACUUCCUGACAAACUCAACUACGAAUGCUCGGAGGGAGGCGAGAACCUCAGUCUUGGUCAGCGCCAGCUGGUCUGCCUUGCCCGAGCUCUCCUGAGAAAGACCAAGAUCCUGGUUCUGGACGAGGCCACAGCAGCAGUGGACCUGGAGACUGACACCCUCAUCCAGUCCACCAUCCGUAGCCAGUUUGAGGACUGCACUGUGCUGACCAUCGCCCAUCGCCUCAACACCAUCAUGGACUACACCAGAGUCAUUGUCAUGGACAAGGGUCACAUCACAGAGAUGGACUCCCCAGCCAACCUCAUUGCUCAGAGAGGACAGUUCUACUGGAUGUGCAGGGAGGCUGGGCUGGUCUAGGCUCCCCAAGCUCCACCAAGGGUCUCUCUGUGGCUAGGGAAAACGUACACAAAGUACCCUGGUCCACUCUCAAAUCUAAUCAGGUAGAGAAUUGGCCAUUUAAUGCUCUAAUCAAGGCAGCUCGAACUAUUACUUAAGGGCAUUGCUUUUUGGAAAGGUGACCCGGAAGUGACGUUUCUGGUCACAGAAAGUAAGGUCUUGUUAAAUGACUGUUAUUGCAAGUGCUGUUCUUGGACUAUUAGAGUUUUUAGAUGGUUGGAUUUUUUUUUUUUGUGAUGCAUGUUGUAAAUAGUUUACGUACAGUAGAGGAGUGUAGAGUGUCAUAUUUUUUUGAAAGGGUACUUAGGGAUGGAAAAAGUGCCAAGGAAUCAAAAGAAAGGACUUUUCACUCUCUGAAUGUGAACCCAGUUGUUCUGUCAGGAUCUGCUACUUUAAAUGAAGUAAUUAUUAUGAAGAACAUGGUACUGUACAUUUGUCAAUGUAGAAGUCUCAGGCCAAAUGCAACAACUAUAUUCAUGGUUAUUCCACACAGAAAACAUAAACCUACAGAACAAAAUAGAAUCAUUGAAUUUGUAUUCACCUCAAGCGACCUCAGCCUCAGAAAGAUGACUAGUUUCUUAGACAAUAACUACCCCCCCCUCCAAAAAAAAAACUGGGGGAAGGAGUGCUUUCGCCGUCUAGCCCUCACUAGUCAUUUAAUGUUUUAUGAGUUGGGGAAAAGAAGAAAACUGUUGAUGAGGCCAAGGUGCUAGCAAGCGUCCAACUAUGUUGCGGCGUUUGUUUAUUUCAGUCAAAGUAAACACAUUUAUAACGGACGAUAGAAAAUUAUCGACCAAUAUGCAACCUGACCUUUCCAAAGCUGCUUGUGGGAAACCCAACACGAAUGAAGGGGAUACCAAUACAAAGCAGCAGUGAUGAAUCCAGGACUUCCAUCUGCUUCCAUCUGCUUGCCAGCCGCUCACCAACACACAAACAAACUGAAAACUACAUUAUUUUAGGUUCUGAAGUAAGAGUUUAUCUCCUUAUAGAUGUGUUAUUUUUGAUAAUUUGUGUUAGGCUAUUACAGGCUGUGUAGAAAAUGUCUCCUUGUUGACUAUAUGCAUUUUCUAGAGAUCCACAUGGAUUUUCCAAGAGAAGUGACCUUAUUGUAUUUUUGUCUUACUGGUUUAGACAGUAUGCUAAGAAGCUAUACUAUAUGUAUGUAUAAUGUAAUGUAAGUGGCCUUCAAAAUCUAAAGAUUGUAUUAUAUUUAUACUUUUAUAUUCAAUCUGUUCAUUAUUGAUUGAUUGAUGCAAUGUCUGUAAAAUACGUUAUGCUGGAUACAAUAAAACAUUUGUU